AGAGAGAGAGAGAGAGAGAGAGAGAGGGGAGGGAGACACUCAAAUCAAAUGCAGCAAAGAGAAAGCCUUUAUUUGGUAUUGAGAGGAAAAUGAAAGAAACAAUAACGAGUUUCUCUCAUUAAUUGUUGUUCCUCUGUAUCCUUAAAAAUACAAGAAUCUGUAUCUAUUCAUUACUACUUUGUCUCUUUAUCUUUUUUUUUUUUUAAUUUUUGUACUUGCUCUGUAAAUCUCUGGUUUUGGCGGCUGGUUUCAUCUUCGACAGAUCCCAUCAAUUCUUCUUUCAAGUUUUUUGUUCGCCGGAAAAUGGGCACCGGUUGGAGGAGGGCUUUUUGCAGUACUGUGUCGAGGGAGAGAAGAGAGCACACCGCCGCCGCAGCUCCGUCGGUCACGGCGGCGGAGAAGCAGCAGAGUCCCAAUAAGAAGCUCGCCGGAAGCAAUCCCUCCACUCCCCGAUUGCGGUGCAAAACAAAUAGUGGUAAUAUUGAUGUGUUGGUUAGCCCGAAAAAACUGGAAUGCAAAACCACACCGAAAACUCGGCUUGGUUCGAAUCCAUCUUCUCCGAGAUCCCCUUUCUCUAUCCUCAAGAACUCUCUCCGCCUAUCCAGGAAUAGCUGUGGAGUGUGUAUGCAGAGUGUGAAAACAGGGCAAGGUAUGGCAAUCUACACGGCGGAAUGCUCGCACGCUUUCCAUUUCCCCUGCAUAGCCUCGCACGUGCGGAACCAGACCACUCUCGUCUGCCCUGUUUGCAUCACCGUUUGGAAAGAUGUUCCUUUACUCUCCAUCUACACUCAGAACCCUAACCCUAACCUCAAUCCGCAACAGCAAGAAGAAAAAAAUGUUCGAAUUGAUUCUAAUUGCAGUACGCCAACCAAACGCACCCCUAUUUCUAUCCCUAAAUUGACCAAGCAAUUUGAGCUGAAAAGUUACGCCGAUGAUGAGCCGUUGGUCACGCCGAAAUAUGGUGGGAAAUUUGUUGCUAUUAAGGAAGAAGCUGCUAGAAAUGGCGGAGUGGAGGAGGUUGAAGAGUUUCAGGGUUUUUUUGUGAAUCCUAUUUCUAGCGAUGAUUUCUCUGCUUUCGGCGGGGAUUUUCGGGAUGUGGAGGUGUGUUUUUCGCCGGAGGCUGCUGUAAUUUCGCAGGGGCGGACGCACGACACUUACGCCGUCGUUUUGAAGGUGAAGGCGCCGCCGCCGCCCCACGUUCGCGACUCGCCGCGGCGUGCGCCGAUUGACCUGGUGACGGUCCUCGAUGUGAGCGGCAGCAUGACUGGUGCCAAGCUGGAGAUGCUCAAGCGAGCCAUGCGUUUGGUCGUUUCCUCGCUCGGCUCGGCUGACCGUCUCUCCGUACUGGCUUUCUCAGCGGCUCCUAAGAGGCUGUUGCCGUUGACGAGGAUGACGGCUCAGGGUCAGCGAUCGGCUCGGCGGAUCGUUGACCGGCUUAGCUGCAGCCAGGGCUCCAGCAUGGCUGAAGCUCUGAGGGAAGCCACUAGGGUUCUCGAAGAGCGGCGCGACCGGAACCCCGUCGCCAGCAUAAUACUCCUAUCCGACGGCCAGGACGACGGCGGCGCUCCGGCCAACAACGACAGCAACCAACGACGGAACGGGUCGUCACACAAGACCCGGUUCGCCCACGUGGAAAUACCGGUUCAUUCAACCGGCUUCAGCCGCGAGCCGGCCGAAGAUGCCUUUUCCAAAUGCGUGUCCGGGUUACUGAGUGUGGUUGUUCAGGACUUGAGAAUCCAACUCGGGUUUGCAUCCGGGUCUGACCCGGCAGAAAUAACGGCCGUUUACUCGUGUACCGAAAACCCAUCUGUACUCGGGUCGGGUUGUAUCCGGUUCGGAGAUCUCUACGCUGAGGAGGAAAAAGAAGUACUCGUGGAAAUUCGGGUUCCAUCUUCGCGGGUCGGGUCACACCACGUUGCAUCCAUUAAAUGCUGUUACAAAGAUCCAGCCACCCAAGAGCUAAUCUACGGUCCGGAGCAGACGCUUCUGCUUCCGAGGCCCCAGACCGUCAGAUCAGGAUCGCCGAGGAUCGAACGGCUGAGAAAUGCUUUUAUAUGUAACAGAGCCGUAGCCGAGUCCCGGGGGUUAAUAGAGCACAACGAGCUGUCCAGCGCCAUGCAGCUGUUGUCAUCGGCUCGAGCCUUGUUGCUGCAGUCGAGGUCGGAGUCUGCCGGUGAGAGCAUCAGGUUUUUGGAGGCGGAGAUGGCGGAGGUGCAGUGGAGGAGACAGUACAACCACCAGCAGCAGCAGCUGCAGGUGGCGGUGGGGCGGAGGAAUGAAGAGAGAGAAAUGGGGUUGUUUGUUGAUGAGAACGGUGAGCCGCUUACGCCGACAUCAGCUUGGAGAGCGACUGAGAAGCUGGCGAAAGUGGCUCAGAUGAAGAAAUCUUUUCACAGACCAGUCAGUGAUUUGCACGGCUUUGAAAACGCUAGAUUUUAGUUUUCUUUUUCUUUUUAAUUUAUUCUUUGUUUUUUAAUAAAAUAAAAAAGCUGACUGGGAAAAUAUUGAUUAAAAGAAAAUAGAGAAAAAGAAAAGUAUUGGGCCGAGGAAACAUUUGUUUCUGAUAGGCCGGCCCUUUUAUGUUAGGCCGACGUACACUUUGAUUUGUUGCAUGGACCCUAUCUUCUUUUGUUUCUUUAUUU